AUGUCAAAAAAAAUCGUAAACAAUGGGGGUGUGAAAUUAUGUAAAAAAUAAUUAUUUAACGUUAACUUACACAAAACCACAAUUAUAAUAAUUAAAAUGACGUAGUUUAAUACAGGAACUCUCCGCAACUUUGUCACAAAAAAUUAAAUGAAGGCUGUAACUAUCGUUCUUGCUAUUUCGAUAUGUUUUGCCGCUGCCUUUGGAGAUUUUAUUGUUUUCAAAUCAAGAUACUCAGAUUCACAAGUAUUUACGGCUCUAGCGGAUAAUAGUGUUCAUGCGGCGUUGGGUUUCCUCUCAGCUCUUCAGUUUUUCAGCCUAGGCGUCAACAUAAGUACAGAAGCAUGUAUCUAUAACAUUAUUUUCUGCACUGCAGUGUCUUCAUUGAUCGAUGUAGAUCAUGUUAUUCUGGCGAAAUCUUUUUAUUUUAGGGAUCUAGUCAAUUUACGAGGGAGGGGUUUUCUUCACUGCACAACUUUAUGGCUCGCCUACACGCUACUAUUAUUGAUUUACAGCUGUAUGACAAGGAAACUGAACCUCUAUGUACUCUCGUUCAUGCUAAUCCUAGCGUUCUCCAGCCACCACAUGAGGGAUGGACACCAACGUGGGUUGUGGAUGUUCCCCUUCGGCCAUACUCCACCCAUCAAUAGAAAUGUUUAUAUCCUAGGCUCAGCUGUGAUGCCCGUUGUAUUUUAUUAUAUAUUUUAUUAUUUUAAUCCACACGUUAAAUAUAACACAGUUUAUAGUCAUGUUGUUUGAAUAAAUAUAGAUAUUUGUUAA